UAACAUUUUAACUAAUACAGUAAAGCUUUGUAUGUAUCAGUGAUGUAUUCUAACAGAUGAAUAAAAAAUUAGUCAACAGGUAUCUAAAUCAAAGAGAGAUUCGGAGUCAGCAGUCAUUGUGUAAGAAUCAUGAGAAUUCUGAAUGUGGCAAGAACCCUCUUAAUAAAAAGCAAGAGAAUAUUGAAAAGAAGCUGCAUAAAUGUUCGAUAUGUAAUAAGGCAUUUUCAAGGAUUGCUCACCUUUUAACGCAUGAAAACAUACACACUGGAGAGAAGCCAUUUAAGUGUGAUACAUGUGACAAGAGUUUUACACAGAAGAGUACACUUUCAAUACAUGUGCAAAUACACUCUGGAGAGAAGCCAUAUAAAUGUGCCACAUGUGGCAGGAGUUUUAAACUGAAGAAUACCCUUUCAGCACAUGUGAAAAUACACUCUGGAGAGAAGAUGUAUAAAUGUACCACAUGUGACAAGAAUUUUACAAGGAAGGCUUACCUCUCAAUUCACAAUAAAUUACACACUGGAGUGAAACCAUACAAAUGUUUUACAUGUGGCAAAUGUUUUUUACACAAGACUGGUCUUUUAACACAUGAGAAAAUACACACUGGGGAAAAGCUAUAUAUGUGUACCACAUGUCACAAGAGUUUUACACAAAAGAGUACCCUUUCAACACAUGAGAAAAUACACACUGGAGAGAAGUCGUACAAAUGUACAGCAUGUGAUAAGAGUUUUAUGUUCAGGAGUGCACUUUCAGCACACAAGAAAAUACAUACAGGUGAGAAGCCAUACAAAUGUGUCACAUGUAACAAGUGUUUUAGACAGAUAUCUACUCUUUCAACACAUGUGAAAACACAUGCUGGAGAGACGAUAUAUGAAUGUGACACUUGUGGCAAGAGUUUUUCAUGUAAGCGUUCCCUUGUAUCGCAUGUGAGAAUACAUACAAGACAGGGGCAAUAUAAGUGUGCCACAUGUGACAAGACUUUUACAUAUAAGAGUUCCCUUUCCACACAUGAGGGAAUACAUACUGGAACAAGGCAAAGAGCAAAAAACAGUGGCAACUCUGACACGAGUAAUGCUGUGGAGUGAUGGGCCCAAGGGCUCUCAUAUCAGGAGCACCAGAUGAAGCAGAGUGUUUCUGAUGAGGAUAAGUGACAGGAAGAGGUUUUGGAACUGUCUGUAGGUUACUCACAGGAAACAGAGAGCAAAGAAAAUGCUCGCAAUCCAAAAGAAAAUGAUUUAAGGAAGACCUCCCUAAUUUGGUAGGGAUGGAUAGACUUACUUAAGAAAGAUAAAAGAAAUAGAUUACAGAAAGUAAAUAAUGCCCAAACUGUGAGACGAUUGGUAAAACAAAUGAGCACAGUAAUCAGGACUACUUAGAGAAAUUCAUGUUGUAUAACAAUGACAGAAAUUAACAGAAUAUAUUAGUGUGCAGCUAAACUAAUAAUGGAUAAAGUGUUACCACAAGAAACCUAGAGCAACAAAGGAAAGGAAGUAGAAUGCCACCAUGGAAGCACUGAAUAUAGAAAAGUGUAAAGUAAUUAAGGCAAGAAGUGUCAUUGUUAGAAGAAUAUAGAAAAGGGAAUAGAUCAUCAAAAAUGCUUAAAAAGGUAAAAGUAAUGCACAGUAUCUAAACAGGCCAAGAUUUAUCAUGCACUUUUGCUGAUAAUAAACUAGAAAUAUCAGCACAGACAUAAAAAGUAGAAGGUAUGCAGAUGAAUAUAAAGAAAAAAUAUGAAAUAAGAAUUUCAUUGAAGACCCAAAAUGAUUUUAUAAAAAAAUGGGCAAAAACAAAAAGAAUCGAAACAACCCCAAAUAAAGAAGAAAUAGGCACAUUUUCUAGAAGUAUUUAUGAAGACUCUGUUGAACAUAACAAAGAUGCUGAAUGGAUAGAAGAAUUAAAAGAAACUGUAAAGAACUCGUAUAUAAAGGAUAUGAAAUGAGAUGAAGUAACAGCUGGAUAAAUUGAGACAAAAUUAAGAAAAGCUAAAUGGAAAGCUGUAGGCCCAGCCAGUACCUAAUUUCUGGCUAAAGGCACUAAUAUCACAGCUAAGCCAUGACAAAGGGAAAAUUAUGUUCCCAGGGAUAAAAAUUUGAAGAGGGAUAUUCCAGGUUGAUUCUUUGUCAUUGCUACUGUUUUGACAUGCCCUUAACCCAUUAAGCUGUUUACUUAACAGAUUAGGCCGUGGGUAUAACCUGUCUCCCUGAAAACAACUCCAUUUAAAGAUUUAUCAUCUACUUUUUGUGGCUGGCUUAAAACUGUAUAGUUUGUUAGAUGAGUAGUUGAAAGCACACCUACAAGUGUUUAAAACUUUCUCAGAUGAAAUAGCAAUGAUAUUUGGUCUUGUUAAAUGUGCAAAAGCAACAUUUAAAUCAAGAAAUCUACAACACCAGCAAAAUAUCCACUGGGGAAACUAAUGUGAUAUAAAGGAAUUUGAGCAGGAGGUAGUGUGAAAAUAUUUGGAAAUAGUUGAAGGAUUAAAAAUAAAAAAAUGAACAAAUGUGAUUAAAUCUUAAUUCUGAACACUUCAGAAGACUAAAACUGACAUUGAAAACUGACUUGACAUCUAGUAAUGAAGUCCAAACUGUAAAUUAAUUUGCUUUUUCUGUUCUAACUUACAGUUUUGGGAUGAUUUACUGUCCUCAAAAUUAUUUGAUCAAAUGGACAUGAAAACUAGAAAAAUGAUUCAUGUUUAUCAAAUGAUAUGUAAAAAUAUCAUGUAUACCAAGAUUAUAUAUUCCUCACCCUGAAAGAGGUAUGUGCCUCUUCAAAAUUGAUUACAUGUGUAGUUCUAUACUUGUGCAUACAUAUCUGCUAACCUCAUCAGAUCCAAACAUAGUGAAAGUCUUAAAACAUGAGGUGAAAAAGUCUGACAUUACGUCUUUACUUGGUUAUCAGAAGCAUAUCAGACAGGAGUGGGAAUGGAACUCAACCCAGAAGCAGAUGAGAAUCAGGCAGCAAAGGAAAGUGCCCAAAACAAAAUGAGAGUGUGUAAAGAAAAGGACCAAAAGAAAAAAAUCUAGAAAUGGCACUGUUAUCCUGGCAAGUAUAGAGAACUUACGAAACAACCACAUGUUGAUCAAGAUUUGACACAUGAAUGGUUAGGAAGAUGUGAAUUUGAAACAAAAGAUGAAAUGCUAAUAAUGGGAGUCCAAGACAGUGGAAUACAUACAAGUUAGUUCACAUUAGUUUACAAAUUGUAUAGGAAAAGUGUAAAGGAACAAACAAGUGCAGGAUGUGUAAUUAGAACUUAAAACAAUUGCACAUAUUGAUGCUGGUUGUGAAGAACUCGUGGCAGACACUCUAUAUAUUGAAAGGCACACAAUGUGGCAAGACUGUUGAAUUGGAGACUAUGCAAACACUACACUAUACAAGUAACUAAGAAGCAUUGGAAAUAUGUAACAUAAAGCAUUAUUGCAGUGAAAAGUUCAGAUAAUAUGGGAUCACCCAAUACAACAGUUAAGAAAAUAUAUGCAAGAAAACCAUGUGUUUUAGUCCAAGAAAAAAAGACAAGCAUAGCAUUUAUCAUUGAAAUAGCUACACUCAGUGACAAUAGUGUGUUGCAUACUGUUAGACACAUAAUCAUAAAAUACAAGGAUUUGCGAGCAGAAACUGCAGCAAUGUGGGAUAAAGAUCCCCCAAACAGUUCUAGCAGUAGAGGGAAUAGAGUAAUAAAAAAGGAUUUUCAAGCAUACUUAAAUAUGCUAUGACACAUAUAACCACAUAUGAUUUGCAGGAAGUGCAGUUAUUGGUAAAUUGUGAGGGCUGAAAAGAGCACUCUUGGCUAACAUCAAAGACUGAAUCAGUAGUAAUUGCAUGAGCUGUUAUCAUGCCCUGACAUAGGAAUGGGGUCCACUCCUAUCAUGGUAUUAGAAACACAAAACACUUGGAGAAAUUGAAAAAGGAAGAAACCGCAUACAUCUGCCACAUGUAACAAGUGUUUUACACAGAAGGUUCCCCUUCUGGUUCAUGAGAAAAUGCAUACUAAGUUAAGGCAUAUGAAGAUGUGACAUGUAACAAAGUAGGUAAUUAAGAGUACUCUUUUAAAUAACCGACAUUAUUCAUUAAACAGAAAUACCCUUGGCCAAGUAGAAAAUAAUCCAUAUGAAGAUAUGAUGGAUCUAACAGGUAUGGAAAUAGGUUCAUUUACAUGAGAGAAAUUGAGUGAAGAAAGUCUGAUAGUCAUCAGUUUGAUAAUACUGAGUAUGACAGGUGCAAUUAUUAACAGAGAUUCGUUCAGCACAACUUAGAUAACUAGUAUGUGCUACUGUGUAAGUAAAUAAAUGACAUAUAACACACUACUGGAAGUACACAGUGUAACAGAAGGAAAGAAAGGAGCAAGUAGCAAACCCUCCCAUGAGGAUCCUGACUGGAGGCAACAGUAAAACAGUUAGGAGUACCAAUAAUAAAGGAACAGACAAAAAAGAAGAGCCAAGAAAAUUCCUAAAAAUGCUUAGUAGCAAACAGGAUCUACAUUUGUUUUACACCAUUUUUAGCAAUGAACUAGAAAAAAGAUUGCAAUAUUUUAUGGAUGGCUCAAAAAAGUCUUAUUUGGAAUGGGAAAAUAGCAGCAGUAACCCAGCCAAAAUAAAUGGAAUGAAUAAAGCCAAGAAAAAAAAAAACUUUUAACAAGACUAUGUUGAACUUAAGGAUAACAUAUCAGUAAAAGAGAUAAUGGAUCCAUAUGUACCCUUAUUCUAACUGAAUAAUAUACCAUAUUUACAACACAAACUAAUUCAAAGCAAAAUCUGUCUCUUUGUACACCUUGAACAUUUACCAGCUUGGUUAGAAAUGGAAAAUAUUCAACCUACAUGGCAGCACUUAAAUCUGAAAAUUAUCUUAAGAACUUUAAAGCAACUUAUUGUCUUCUAAUGUGGAUAAACUGUAUGCAAGAAGUGAUACAUAUAAAGUGUUACAGUCUUUUGGCUGAAAAUGAUAACAUUGUAAUACAAUUGAUAGGUAAUACAGUAAUUUCUAUAAAGGAUCUCUUCUAUCAAAUAAAGGUGUAAUGGAAUGCUGUGAGAGGUGUUAAAAUGUCAGCACUGUACAAAUUGUUUACAAAAAAUAUUUGACAGCAAUCCGUAUUUUUGUAGUCUUUUUAGAUUACAGGAUGCUUACAGAUGUACAGGUUACACUGCACAUUCGUACAUUACAUAAUAGUUGUUAUUGAAAGUGACAAGCCAGUUUAUAAAUGAGUAUUGAGAUGGGGAAAAGGUCUGCAUUAGGCAUACACAUUCAAGAAAUAAUAUUUCAAGUAGAGUUCUUGUCAUUGUUAUCAUUCUGUCUUGCCCUGAACACCCUUAACCCAGUCAUCUAAUUACUUUUCAGACUUUGGAUAAGGUUCAAACCCCACAACAUGUUUAAUAUCCUCUCACCUCUUUUUAUUCAACAUCUAAAACUCAUUGAUUCUUUUGACAAACAACUGGAAAUGCGACCACAAUGGUUUAAUAUUUUAGAUGAUAGAAUUGAAGGGGCUCUUAAAUAUGGAAAAGCAAUAUUCAUAUCAGAAAAGUUGUUAUAUUAAGAGGGUGUGGGAAUAAUGUGCUGCAAAAACCUGGAAGAAGAUAGAAUUACAAAAAUCUGAUAGAAGAAGGAUCGGCGAUAUAACAUAAAGAGAUGAAAACAAAAAUUUUGAGAUUAAUAACUAGCACUUCAGAAGUCUGAACCUGAUGCUGAAAACUCUUGACAUCUAGAAAACAAGAUCAAUCUAUAAAUCAGCUUCUGUUAUUGGUUCCAUGGUAUUGCUUUUUAUGUUUGAUUAACCAUAAAAGGUUUUGGAUCAGUUGUGUACGAAGAUAAGACAUUGAUUUCAUGUCCAUUGUUCAAUGUGUAAAAAUUGAUGUAGACUAGUAACAUAUAUCCUUUGGCUUGAGGGGCUAUGGGCCCCCUUUCAACAAAUUCUACAUACGCUUGAGCACAUAACAUACUCAGAUCCAAAUGUAGCAGAAGCUUUAACUGUUGUGGGAAAAAUUAAAGACGAUAUCCUUCUCACAUUAACAAAAACACUUCAGAAGCAUUGAACAUGGCAAAUGAAACUAAAAAAAAAAACAAAUACAAGCACUAAGAUGAAAAGAAAAAAAUCAAAAGAAAGCAAAAUUGAAAACCCCACAAGUAUAGCAAAUACAGGGGAGUGCUGCAACAAAACCAUGUCAAUAAGUAUUUGAGAUAUAAAUUAAGAAAUUAAAAAUAAAUUCAGAAAACAGAAGAUUAAUAUUGGCAGUUCAGCAUCAUGAGUAACAUAAGAAUAAUUAAAAAAUAAAUCAGCUGAAAACAUCAUGGAGAAUGAGACACUAACGACUGCAUGUCUCUCUACCUAAAUGGACAUGGUAUGGUUCUCUUCAUUAAGUUUCUUUUUACUGGAUGAUCAUGCAUUCUCUCACCCUCUCAUUGCUGGAACUAGGAGAGCAGUUGUGCAGAGGAUCUUUGAUCUUGUAUAAAUGUUAAAAUGAAAAAGAGGGAAGGAUUUAACUAUAUGGCCUAAGAAAGAAGAAUGAAAAGGUAACUAAUAUAUAAACCUUUUUGUUUUAUCUAAGAAAAAAAAGAUCCACUGGGCAAUUUACAGACAUCUAUCUUUUCUUUCUCUCUCUCUCUAUAUAUGUAUAUAGAUAUAUAG